AACAAUAAGAAACCAAUAUCUACAUACAGUCCCAUAGUAUGGCCACUGACUUGUGAGUUCACAACAAAAGCUCAACACAUCAGGUAAUGUUCUCACCUGCCCCCUCGGUCUGCUCCGACUACACCCUCUUGGCUGUUAAGACUCCACCCUUUCUGGGAUGACCAAUCAAGUUCAAGGCUCAGGCCUUUCAAGAGUAGAGAUCCCUGAUGUAUUUGACUUCAGUGUUUGAACAUCUCAAAGCAGCACAACAAACUUCUGCAUCAAGGAUCCGCUGGUUGCUGGAGACAGAAAUAUGCAACACAUGUCCGACUCCAAAUCUAAUCUAAACAUGCCCCGUUCCCCCCCGGCAGCUGACUCAUACCAGCAGGGCUGCAUCAGGAUGACACUGGAGAACUCUGAUCUCUGGAAGUCCUUUCACAGCAUCGGAACAGAGAUGAUUAUAACAAAGCAUGGAAGGAGAAUGUUUCCACACUGCAGUGUCAGUCUAUCUGGGCUCCAACCUUUUGCCAAUUAUGUCAUCAUGAUGGACAUGGUUCCUGUAGACAGCUUCAAAUACAAGUGGAAAAAGGAGCAGUGGGAGGUCGCAGCGAAGGCAGAGCCCCAGCCCCCACGUCGGACAUACAUGCAUCCAGACUCGCCUGCCACAGGAAGUCACUGGAUGAAGCAGUCGUUGUCUUUUCUCAAGAUGAAACUCACCAACAACACCUUGGACCAGCAUGGUCAUAUCAUCCUGCACUCCAUGCAUCGCUACUUCCCCAGAUUUCAUGUCAUCCAGGCAGACAGUCCUUACACUGUCCGCUGGGGCCCCUUUCAGACUUUCUCCUUCCCAGAGACGACCUUCACUGCGGUGACUGCUUACCAGAACCCAAAGAUCACCAAAUUAAAGAUUGACCACAACCCCUUCGCUAAAGGAUUCAGGGAGGGUGGCACCCAUUCCCACAGUAAAAGGUGUCGUUCAAAUAGAAGUCCUCCUGCAAAGAGGGCCACACUGGACAAGGCAGCUCUUUGCAAGAGUCCUCCAGGCCUGCAGAGGAUGCCCUCUACCGCUCAGUCAGUGGAGGCAGGGAAGAAUCAGGCCUCUACAGAGCAGUCACUGAAGGGGGGUCACCUUUCAGCCUGGGCUCUGGAGCAAGACCCAUCUGAAAGUCUGCACGCUGAGCCCUUGGAGCUGCACGAAUACGACUACAGCUGUGAAGAACAGAUGGUGCCUGCAUCCGUGGCAUACCAGCCCUACAGAUCUGUGGAAUAUGCCAGAUUUCCAUUCCCUUCCAGUGACGUUGAUACAGCGCACACCCUCGUCCACCCUGUACCCCAUCCACUUGCCACAGCUGAACACAGCACACAACAACACAGCUACCACCACCACCACCACCACAGCAACACAGCAGAUUGGAGCCAGUACCCGCUUUUCUCAUACUCCUGUUGGUGAACUUUGACCUUUUGCGAUGAUGACAUCAUUGGUGGAGGAUAAAACCGCUAAAGCCUUGAAGGAAUGCUGUUAUUAUGAGUGAACAAGCAACUGACUGACUACUUCAGCAGUCUGUGUUAAAAGUGUAUAAAUAUGUAUAAAGUUUCAUGUAUUUCCAGGAACGUGUAAUGUAUGUGGGGCUUAACCUGGACAAAAAUUCUAUUCAUCUAAAGUGGAGAUCCAUGUCUUCCUGAUUUUUUAUAUUCCUGAUCACGCAAGUUCAGGCUGAGCUUGUGCUAAAGUAGGUACUGUAUGUGUUUUGAGACAUUAUAUGUACAGUAUAUUGCUCUGUUUCAAGUCAUCUGGGAAAUAAGUGGGAAAUUUCAUCUGCAGAUUUGAUGAAAAGAUACCCAUCUGUAUUAUAACAGACCUUUAAUGAGACUGUUGAAGUAUCAUAUUGAGGUAUCAAAGGUUUUUUGAAAAGCUUCAAAAAGCUUCCCCUUAUUAAUUUGGUGCUCAUCUAUGGCUGAGAGUGGGCAUAGCUUAAAACACAGUGUGGCCUAAAAAUGACAUGCAUGACAAAAUGUACUUUCAACAUCAAAUUAUGAGGAAUAUAUAGUUUUAAAGUCAUAUCCAAUAAGUCAUAUAAAAUCAGAAUAAAUACCUGCAGCAA